AACCGAACGAUCGGACCAGAUGCUCUCAGACUCUCGCAGCGACAACACGUCUGCCGCGUCCAAAACUUUAAACUUUUACGCUAAUCGAGACACAAGUUUUUUUACAAAUCAUAACAGUAAAAACAUUAUGUGUUGAAAAUCAUAAAUUUCCAUCAGUGCCUUGUAUUUUCACUUCGUUAUUCGUGUUAAGUAGAAAGUAAGCAUUGACAGUUCUUUCUACACAAACAGUGUUCAUGUAAUAUAUAGUUCUAUAACGUGUUGUGCUUAUGUGAGGUAUUUGAACUGUACUUGGAAACUUUUGGCUUGUAAGGUAAUCCUACCAUACAAACUGGUAUCAUCUUCAAAUGCUUUAAUCUGCUGAUUUCUACGCUGGCAAAGAAAAGAUUGUUCUCAACGAGACAAAAGCAUCUUGUUUAAGUCUGUCAAUAAGAUGUGACAACACCCACUAUGGCAGCCACUGAUGGCCAGGUCGUGGUGGCAGCGUCGCGUUGGGCAGACGAAGGCAACUAUUUGAGAGAAUUUGUUCUAAAAAAUCGAUUACCCAAUGUCGCCAAGAUCAUCAAAGGACAGUAUGGCGGACUUGGUGUACCCACCCUGCCAAGUCCUGGUCUCCAAAGCACCGCCCUUCUCGUUUCCGUUGGAAAAAGAAAAAAGAUAAUAGCGCAAGCUAUCAAAUUAAAAGAAGGACGUCGUAUGGUCAGUGUGGGACCGAGAAUUGCUAUCCCUGAUUCUUAUAAAGGAUACUUUGAACUCUUGAGCGAAGAAGGCCGAGCUGUAAGAUGUAUAGAAUCAGUAGCCGAAUUAGCUAGACGCAAACUUGAUGAUGGUUGCCUGGUUAGAGAACCUGUUAGAGUUAUAUGUGCUAAAACUGAUUUAGAAGGCAAUUUAACAGCUGAUGGAGCGAGGAAUUUGCCAGCAGGUGAAGUGAUCAUGCCUAGAGGAGAUACAUUCUUAGGCAAAAAUAAAUAUCUUAAAUGUACUGAUUCCAAAGGUGAUAUGGUGCUGCUAAGUUUAGAUCAGAGAGGGAAGUUCUCUGCUAUUGCCAAAGAAGAGAACAUUAGUGGAGUUCAUACUGCUAAAACAUUACUAACAAAACGAUUGCCUAUAACUGUAAGACUAGUACAUGGAACCCCACCAAGAGGAUUAAAAAGUGCCAGCCAUUUCGUUCCAGAGUUAAGGUUACUUUCAAUGUUUGAAGAAGAGCAUGUUUUCGCUUUGCCACUUCAAAAAGAAGGUAACGCCUUAGUGGCGUUACCUUUAGCCGCUCCGUUAAAAAUGCAGAAAUGUAAGAAUGAGGAACAAGUCAAACAUUUUAUGGAAUUUGCAAGGCUUAUUGAAAAAUGUAACCGUUUGCUGGUGGACGUAGUUGAUAGGAUACAUGUUUUAGAUGGAAAAUUGGGUGAUCCUAAGAGGCUUCUUAAUGCGCCAUUACAUGCGCCACCAUUAGUCAAAACCGGUUACUUCCUUAGGAGGAGUGCAUCCUCUGAUGCAGCCAAUCAACAUAAACAUUUAUCACGUCAUAGUCAUAUUUAUAGUAGUCACAGAGAUGAAAAUAGUAUCCCUGAUGAAUAUGACGAAAUAGAUCAAAUCUAUGACUACGUGCGGGGCUUUGCACCUCUUCCUAAGAAUAUAAAAGCUUCAUAUUCUAACGAAACAAUAGCGAAACAUGAAUCAGCGCCUUCGUCUCCCGCGCCUACGCCAAUACACAUGCCUUUGAUAACAGAAAUCAAGCCAGAACCACCACCUAUUGAAACAAUACCCACAAAGAAACCACUAAAUAUGCAAAAAGCAGAAAAACGAACUCGUAAAACUGCCAUAACACCUAAAGAGACUCCCGUUACAGUUUACAAAGAGAAAUGCUCGAUAGCACCAGCUCCAAAUAAUUUACCUAAGUUAUUCAUCAAGAACAAUGUUAACAACGGUAAAAGCAGAAUGCUGUUCCGUCAAAAAAGCAAUUCUCCGACAAAGGAGUCUCCUAGUCCUAUUACUAGUCCAAUACGUCCUUUAACUAAGGGUGAUUCCCCAAUAUUCAACAUAAGGUAUAAGAGUCUUUCGAACAUACAUCAAGCUAUGGAAUUAGAUGGUACUUUAGAUUCGAGUCACUCUGGUGGUAGAACAUCGGGUGAUUCAGGGAAUGGUCCGAAACUGCCAGAGAAGAGAUCUAGAAAGCUAAGCAGGCCUAAAUCAUUGACGAAUCUGGUUUGGGAACUGAAGGGCUGUCCUGUUGAAACGAAUGAGAAACCAAAAGCUAGGAUUAAAAAUGAGAAUUACAAGAAGAUUGGCAAUAAAUUGUCUCUCGGUACGCAGAAGAAGGUGCCGACGCUUUAUCUAUAAUUACAGGUCCUGUUGGAAAAUAUAGAGAAGAUAAGAAGACAGCACGCUGAUAUUCUGUCGACAACACAUUUUUUACUGAACAAAUAUGUCACAAACUUUCAAUCAUCGUACCUACAAAAAGAUAUCAAAAAUGUAUUUUGGUAAAUAACUGGUACACAAAUCGAUGAUUUAUGUAAUUUUCAAAAAAAAUUGAAUAUAACGAUUUGAAUAACCAAAAUGGAAAAUAUAAAUUAAUAAAAUUAAAUUAUUACCUAUUUGGCUAACAAUUAAUACCGUAUUAGCUAAUCGGAAAAAUAAAUUAUAAAACAAAUUUAUGUAUAUAAAAUUUUUUUUUUUUACGUUGUUACUUAAACGUUUGGGUAUCUUGUAACUUCUGAUAAAAAGAGAAAAUUCAGAUACUAUAAUUAACAACAUUCCGUAUAAUUAAAACAUGUUUUGAUCUCUUUUUUAAUUAUAAAUUGUUAUUUAUGAUUUAAUGCCAUAUUACGGUGUAAAACUUGGAUUUUUGUGUAACGUAUGUAGUUAAGGCCUAUGUAAUUUUAAUAUGUAUCGUAGAACAUAGGUUUUUUUAAAUAUCGGCCGUAAACAGUGUUUCAUUUUUCAUGUGUAAAACCAAAAACAUCGGUGCCUUACUAUGUAGGUAGAAUAGGAGAUAGUAUAUCCGUAACUAGAUAUUAAUUUCAUGUGAUCAUAAUGUUAUAAUACUUUAUACAAUUAAAACGAAAGGAUUUUUUAAACACAAUUAAAUUUAAUACGUGUAUGUCAGUAUCCCAAAAUAUAUGUUUGAUUUUUCAAUGAGCAAAAUGUUGGAAUACAUUACGUAACUUAUAAUAGUAAUUAAACAGACGCUUCUCCUGUCAGGAACUGCACUGUUCAGUAGGAUCAAUACUUAAAGAAGCUUUCAUUUACCUAAUUUGAAUUUAGUUUUCACUUUACAAGACAAGAAUCGGUAAUUGAAAAAAAUAUAUAUUUUAAUGCUGUCUAUUGCAUUUGUGUCCAAAAAUACUCACGAAUCAUGAAAUAUAAAAAUACGAAAUGGUACUAUACGAUACAUUUUUAGAUAAAUACCUAAUAAGAAACAGUCACAUUUCUCUAUAGAAGUAAGUAGUUUUAAGCCGUAGACAAACUCUUUUUUUACUCUUAUGCAUUUAUUGUCCCUAUUUUUAUUACAGUCAUAGAGAUUUUAGGCCUUAUAUUCUACCUAUUUAAAUUAACACGGCAGUUUUAUAUUAGGAAAAAUCUCUCACUUCCACACGAAUGUACACCGAUGGUAAAAACUUAAAAAUUUAGUUCGAGAUUAAUUAUGUAAUAUUAUAAUGAUUUAUUACCCUUUUUAUUUGGAUUAGGCAUGGGAAUAACAUAUUUUAUUUAAUAGAAAAUUUAAAAAAAAACGAUUUCACUGAAUAUAAUUUUAACAAACUUUUUUUUUAAUUUCCAUAGUGCUUUUAUAUAAAGUUAUUUUAGAUCUGUUAAAAAAAGAAAUUUUCCAGUAGUUCCUGAGAUUAGCUUGUUCAAAUAAACAAACUCUUCAGUAGUUCUACUGUUAGUGUUCAGUUCUACUGUUAGUACUCAUAGUAAUGAUUUUUUUUUUCUAUAAAACUGUCGUAAGUAGUUAAGCUAUAUGUAUAUUGUAUAAUUGCUUUGAUAAUUAUCUCGGAGGCUCAAAAUGAUAUUUUUGUGACUUCGACACAAUUAUCACUACAUUGUAUUACAUAAAAUAUUUACUGUGAAUUAAAAACGUGAGUGUUGCAAAAUCACAGAAUUUUAUAUAAAAUUAUAUGUAUUGAUUGGUAAAAUUACACUUUUAUUGACAUCAUUUUAGAAUAAUCAUUAUAGUUUUACUAGACUCGCUAAAAUGUUUUUUUUAUUUCUAUUUACUUAAUAGGCCUGAUUGUUAUGUAAUAAUUCACAGUAAAUAUUAACGAAUUAACAUUUUUACGAAUAUUAUCCAAAUAAAAUUAUCUGUGUUUAGUCUUAAGGUAACAUUCAGAUUUUCAUAAUAUUAAGGACCUUUUUAUACAAUUUGUCAUGAUUUAGCGCAUAUUUUCAUCAAUCGUACAUGUUUCUAGCAUUUUCAACACUCAAUAUUGUAACUUACGGCAUAAAUA